AUGGAGCGGCCGAGUACAAAACAUUUAGUUGUUCAAAAACAGGACGAACGCGAGAUUCAGCUGGGUUAUAGUUCCAGUAAACCAAUGUCUACUACACGAAUCGGCGAUGCACCAGCCACCAUGGCGGUUCCCACAGGACGGACGAGACGUGGGUCGAUUUUCGUAUCAGCGUUGGCAUCCGAAACGCUCAGUACAUCACCCGGCAUGGAGUAUUCAGGAUCUAUGAUUGUACGCUCCGGUAGAACGAAUGUUGCCGGAAACGCAACCUUCACUGGGACCUCUCCUGAUCAGACGGUAGCAAUGGAAGGAGUUAUUGUGACACCGUUUGCUCAAGUACUAGUUAGCCUACAAAGGAUUCGGCACGCUUUUAUCCGACUCACCUCAGCACAGAGCACACACCGGUAA